AUGGCUGUCGUGUACCCUUGCGAAGAUGACCAGCGCGCGCUGGCUACCUUUACCGAGUUCUUUGUGCAGCAACCCACCGUGAACUCUUUGUUUCGCGUAAACGUGCACGACGUAGACACGUUGACCAACGCGUGUCAAUCCAUUCUCGGCCAUCUAGAACGAGUCACUCGGCUAUUUCUCACCUCUACGCCGUUGAAUGUGGAGGACGUCCCGCAGGCGCAGGUAGUACAAGACGCUGGCACCCUUGCGUAUGAAACCGGCAGCGUGUACCCUCACUUAACCGGCAACAACACCCUUGUUCCAUACGGCAUUGUGCUGUCCGAAUCCGCCGGAAUGGCACCACCGCUGCUGCAGAACCCUAAAGGCUAUCUUCGCCCGCAACUCGACGCGCUUAACGUGAUGGUUGCCGAGUUGGACAGCUCUAAAGCGAUGCUACAGUCAAUCAACGUAGCCUACGCCUACCUGUGGACGACCGACGUGGAGGCGCUGCGCCAGUAUGUUGCCCAGGAUGAAAAGAGGCAACGCAUGCAAAAGCCAAUGUGGGAAAGGACGAACAUGAAGACGGUGAUCCCUACCGAAGCACUAGCGCCAGCACCACCGCACCAGCUUGCGGCUGAGCCGGUGUCGGUCGACGUGGCUUCGGUAGCGCCACGGGGCGCCGGCGGGGCGCUGGGGGAUGGGGGUGGCCAAAGUGAAGGGGAGACUUCCGCGCCCUCGAUCGCCCUGCCAACGUACCGAACCUUACUUGCCCUCGACCCGACACAGCUACCCUCCGCGCAGGUCCAGCGGAGCUUUGCGAAGUUCAUCCAAGCGUGUGACUCCCUGAUGGAGUGGGCUGGCAGCGUGUUGGGGCUUUUGAGCGGCAAAGAUGACGUCCCGAAGGCCGGCACCUACGAAAUUCCACCCUCCAACAAUUCCAGCCAGCGAAGAGACAAUCAGACACCGACGUCCGGUGAGAAGCGACCUGCAGAGACGAACGGGACGACUACACGGCGACCUGCCACCAAGACGGUGCGUAUCCAUCGCUACGAAAUCCGCGACGUGAGCCACAUCUAUGACAUGUAUUACCAACAAGCCGAGUGUUUUUUCCUGCCCCAGUACGCCCUGUUCGACGCGCGGAUUCAUCAGCGUUUGUUGCAACCCGCCUACUUCUACGCGCUGCGCAUUCUCAUGGAGGACAUGACCACGGAGAUGGAGCGCCUGCAGCACAUUGCGGCAUCACGGACAAGUCUGGUUCGCGCAGACACACGUCUGUCCCCGUACGACGCCUUCCAACACGGCGCCUACGCGGGUGGGCUUCCUGAAGCUUACGGCGUCGGAGUGCCAGCAUCUGGUUCCUCUCCCCACACCUGGGCGACCGGCGACAACGAGGAGCCGCCAAAGAUUGUGUUUCGGCCCACCGUGCCUCAAUUCGGGUUUCUCCGCAAUACUCUUCGCCUGCUGCUGAGCAUCUGCCUGAACGAAGACGACCGGACUUCUUUCAAGCGCUACGAAGAGAUGUACGAAACCCUCGUGACGAACGCACGGGACGCCGUGGCGGAGUUGCAUCACAUGCCCAAACCUCCAUCACUCUCUCAAAAGCCAGGAGCUGGCGAACGCCCAGGCCGAGCAACCGCAGCUGGUUCCUCACGCCGAGAGCUAGUCCUCGUCGCACGCGAGAGCACGAUGCGUGAGGCUCUGCCUCCCAACAAAGUUGCGUGGGCGAUCACCGCAGAGGAUCGCGGGCGUCUUCGCGGCUGCUUCGAGACUUACUCGGACCUGCGCGGCAGCGUCCGCUCCCUGAAAUUAGCACUCGAUAAGGAUAUCAAACGGAAAGACGAAACGCACCGCACACGGGUGCUGGAGGUGUGUGUCGCGGAGGAAAAGGACCCCGUCACCAUCAUGGCUAUCGAACGGCAGCGCGAGCGUCAGGAGGCGGUCCUGCGAGAGCGGCGCGAAAGCAGCGGGUUUCUAGGGGCAGCGCGGGCCUCUUUGCGCUCCCUGGCCGGGACUGCCACCUGCAAAGCGGAGGUGCAGAUGGAAGACCUUGGCAUCCCCAGCACUCCGCAACGUGACGAUGAGGGGGUGGAUAUGACGACCACGUCUCCUUAUCACGCGGAAAAGGUGCUGCUGCAGGCCAGCGUAAAUCGACUCUGGAACGCAGUAGAGGCACACGGAAUUCAUAUGGAGCGCGAGUAUCCUGGAUUGUUCUAUCGCGGCGAGAAGCAGCGUUGGGCUCAACGUCUGGACUCUUUGGUGGGAAAAGCGAACGCGAUGAGCGUUGUGUUCUCGCCGUAA